AUCAAGCACCUAGGCAUGCAGACUGCUUCUACAAACAUUUGUGAAAGAAUGGGUCGCUCUCAGGAGCUCAGUGAAUUCAAGAUACCAUGAUAGGUUGCCACCUGUGCAAUAAGUCCAUCCGUGAAGUUUACUUGCUACUAAAUAUUCCACGGUCAACUGUUAGUGGCAUUAUAACAAAGUGGAAGCAACUGGGAACAACAGCAACUCAGACACAAAGUGUUAGGCCAUGUAAAAUGACAGAGCGGGGUCAGCGCAUGCUGAAGCUCACAGUGUGCAGAAGUCACCAACUGUCUGCAGCGUCAAUAGCUAAAGACCUCCAAACUUCAUGUGGCCUUCAGAUUAAAACAACAACAGUGUGUAGAGAGCUUCAUGGAAUGGGAGCAACUGCAUCAGAUGCAGUGGUGUAAAGCACACCGUCACUGGACUCUAGAGCAUGGAGACGUGUUCUCUGGAGUGACGAAUCACGCUUCUCUGUCUGGAGAACGGUACUUGCCUGACUGCAUUGUGCCAAGUGUAAAGUUU